AUGACGAAGCUCAUCUUGUCUCCGACCAUUUCGCGGCGUUUGCGAGAAAUCGCCGCUACAAAUUCACAGCAUGAUGCAUUGCAAUCGCUGCGAGCCGCGCUGGCAGACCAACCUUUGCAGCAGGCGGAAAAGAUGACUGCACAAAGCCCAGCGGUACCCGCACCCAGCGCGGAAAAGCAAGAGCAAGCGGUGGUGUUGGAACAUACGCUGCUGAUCAGUAUCGCAAGCUGGGCAUCCACACAGCUCGGUGCUGAUGGAAAUGGAGGGGAUGACGGCGCUUUCAAGCUUUCGGCCCUCGUCAGGGGUUCCCGCGUCCAUGUGCCGCCCAAACCAGUCUUCCUCAGGUCAAAGGAGCUGGAAGAGUCUCUGGCAGCGAUACGCAAAGCGCACGAACAGGCCGAAUACUCGCGCAUGUCGAGCUCAACCACGCACACCACCGGUGCAUACAAAAUCCCCUCUUCCUACACCAACAUCGCUGGCGUCGAUCCAACGCUUCCCCUCGCACAGCGUUUUGCAUCGUCUACGCCAACAUCGCUCGAUCCUGCGUCGCGCAAAGCAAUGGCCGAGAACGAGGAGCAGGCGUGGCGCGAUGCACAGCGUCAACUCAGCGUCAUGCUCAACAUCUUCCUCUCGGCCCUCGCCACGGCCACAGCUGCGUGGUGGGCAAGCGGAAACGCUUCCCCGGCCCACAAGGUGCUCGUCUCCAUGUUCGUCGCACUCCUCACGGCCCUCGCCGAAGUUGUCCUCUACAACCGAUACCACAUCUACGUCAGUCAGAGCAAAAAAAUCAAGGCCACCCGAUUAAAGGGAUCAGACGUAAAGUCGAACCUCCCUCCAUCCUUUGCGCCUCUACAACUCGAUACCCUCCAACCUUCCAAAGAGUCCAGACAGCUUCAGAAACGGGACAAGAGCGCACAACCAACAUGA